UAUUUACACAGUGCUUUUUAGUCCCCAUUAAGGGGAUUCUCUAUUUCAUUCAACUGUUAUCUGUUACACAAAGUGAAUAUUUUUCUGUGGUUUGUGUUUUUGUGUACAUUGUAGAUUUAAAAGUUUUGUAAAUCUAAAUUGUUUUUGCAAAUGUUACUCUUUGAUUUGUUUAUCAUAAAUUUAUUUAAAUUAUAUCCUGAUAUUCAAAAGUAAUUUUUGUUUACCAUAAUGGAGGUGUUGAAUUUGCUUAGAAAAUUAAUUAUAUUUCCAUUAAUCCUUGGACAGUUUAUAAACUCUGCGUAUUCAGAGGUUGAUGUAGAUCCCUUAGGAUAUAUAGUAUAUUGUCCUUGCAUGGGAAGAUUUGGUAACCAAGCUGAUCAUUUUUUGGGAGCUCUUAGUUUUGCACAUGCACUUGAUAGAACUUUAGUUUUACCUCCUUGGGUUGAAUAUCGUUAUGGAGAACCAAAGUCGAUUCAAGUUCCUUUUAAAAAAUAUUUCAAAGUGGAAUCUCUCCAAAAGUAUCAUAAAGUCAUUACGAUGGAGGAGUUUAUGUCUGAUGUAGCUCCUUUAGAAUGGCCCCCAAAUAAAAGAAUUUCUUUUUGUUAUAUGUCUAGAGGUGGAGAUGAGAAUAAAUCAUGUAAUGCUAAAGAAGGAAAUCCUUUUGGUCCAUUUUGGGAUACAUAUUCCAUCAAUUUUGUUGAUUCUGAAUUUUAUGGUCCUUUACACUAUGACGUUCAUCAUCACAAUGUAGUUCAAGAAUGGAAUUCAAAAUAUCCCCCUGAAAAAUGGCAAGUCUUGGCUUUUACUGGUGCCCCUGCAACUUUCCCUGUUCAGGAAGAAAAUCGAAAACUCCACAAAUAUUUAGAAUGGAGUGAUGAGAUAUCUUCAAAAGCCCAAAGUUUUAUCAAAAAUAUCCUACCUAAAGGUGCUUUCAUUGGAAUACAUUUAAGAAAUGGCAUUGACUGGGUUAGAGCUUGUGAACACAUUAAAGAUAGUCCAAAUUUGUUUGCUGCUCCACAGUGCUUGGGCUAUCGGAAUGAAAAAGGCAAAGCAACUCAAGAUAUGUGUCUUCCAACUAAAGAAACCAUCAUAAGACAGUUGAAAAGAGUGAUUAAAACAAUUAACAACUCUGGAAAUGAAGGUAGAAUUAUUAGAUCUGUAUUUGUAGCCUCGGAUAGUAAUCACAUGAUUAACGACCUAAAUAAGGCUCUGAAGAGAAUGAAUGUAGAAGUGUUCAAGUAUCCGGAGAAUAACCCUCAUGUAGAUUUGGCUAUCUUAGGACAAUCUAAUCAUUUUGUUGGUAAUUGCAUAUCAUCUUAUACCGCUUUCGUUAAGAGGGAACGUGAUGUACAUAAAUUUCCUUCUACCUUUUGGGCUUUUCCCAAAGAAAAAAGUAAGAGUAAUAUUCGUGAAGAGCUGUGAGAAAAGUUGUUUUGCAGUGCAGGUCAUUGCAAGCUUAGUUAGUAGGGUAAAGAUCUCAAUAAAUUUGAACAGAAAGAAUAGUUUAAAACUUAAUCGUACGAUUCGAGCAAUAGACUGUUUGACAAAAAGUAUUGUCCUGCUUAUGGAUUUGAAAUAUUUUUAAAUAAUUAUGAGUGUUUUAUCACUCGAAAUGAUUUCUCAAAAAAAAAAAGGUAAAAGGGGUAUUGAAAAUAAACCCUUUGUAUUUUGGCAGCAUCUUUGAAUUUAAUUUUUUUGAUGUCCACUUUUCAUGUGUUCAAUAAACCAAAAUUUGUCAAAUAGCUUAUUUGAUGAAUGGAUAUAGAAAGUAUUCAAGAAAAAAAUUUUAAAUUUAAGGUCUUUUUUUGUGAGACAGACAAGCACUAACAUUGUUCAUUAUAAGUUCUUCUAUCCUAAAAUAAUUUGAAAGGGUAAUACUUGUUUCGACACUACAAAUUUUCUUAUAAAUUUUUAAAAAAAAUAAUUUUGAAAUGCAUAAUUUUUUAUAAUGAUUAACAAUGCAAUUUUACUAGAUGUUUGGGACCUUUUUAAUACUCUCUUGAAACUCCCAUUAUGUUUGAAAUAAACUAAUUUGCAUGUGAAUUUUAAUUUUGCAGUAGGUAUCUGUAAUGAAUAAUUUUUAUGAAUUUAUUUUUUACUAUUGUAAUACUCUUGUAAAAUGGGACAUAAGCAAAGAGGUAUUGGAAGAUAUGUGUAAAUUCUAGUUCUUGUAUUCUGCCUAUUGAAUCAUUUUAUAAAUGUUUUUAUAUUUUAUUUCUAGUCUUUUGUAGCUAAUUUAGAGUAUAAGAAUUCUAAUGCUUUAUGAGUGAAAAUGUGAAAUGAAUUGAUUAUUUUUGUACACAAUCUUGAUAGUAUUUUCCUAAAUCAAAAUUUGAUCUUUGCAUUCUCAUAUCGCACAGAAAAAAUAGAAAUUGUUAUUUUGAUAUACAUCACAAUAAACAGUAUUACAUCAUGA